AAACUAUUCUAAAAACUUAAAGUUCAGCAAGGAACCUAGCCAUAGAUCUAGAAUCUACUUAGAUCUAGAUCUAGAUCUAGUUUUAGAUAGAUUCUACAUCUGACUCAAAAACUUGAACGGAAAGUUUGAACGAAAGGUGCUUUUUAAAAUAAGUUCUAGAAUCUAGAUCUAGACUAGAGUCUAGACUCUAGCAGUGGAAGUGUCAUCACCCCAGAGUUUAUGUUGAUCAAAUGUGCACAUUCAAGCUUUAGCCAUCACUGUUCUUAGAAGUGUAAGCUAUGGCCUAUUAAAGAAACUGUCCUGCUGCCCCUCAGUAAUAGAAGCCUAACCCUAUUUGAAAGAUGGAGUUUUGUGGCAACAGCACAAGCUGGGCAGAAGCUUGGACAGAUAAUGGCCUGAACCGCUGUUUCUAUGAGUCCACAUCAUCUACAAUUCUUUUUCUGUUCAUCCUACUGGCAGGAAGUGCUCAGUGUGUCUUAUUUAGCAGAUAUGCCAUAGGUCUACACAGGACACCUGUGGGCUGGGGAUAUCUUGGACAGAUAGCCUGCACCAUUGUGUUGAUGCUGGAGGCCCUGGUGCACAUGAUACUCUCUGAUGUUUACCUCAAGAAUAAAAUCCUUCUUGGCUACCAGGUACUAGAGGCGUGUACCAUCAUUUGUGCCUGUAUUAUGUCACUGUGGCUACUGGCUAUGGAGAGACGAAGUAUGUUACCAAGUUUACCAACUAGAGGUCAAGGCCUUGUCCUACUUCUCUUCUACGGCUUGUUGUUUGUCCGCGAGAAUCUCAUGUUUAUUUCCUGGAACAAUCCCACUUGGUGGUGGAAGCUGCAAAGUGCUGAAGAUGGCUUGGAGCUGGGACUGUUUGUACUGAGGUACCUGCUGGCAUUCUGUCUCUUGGUCCUAGGCUUGAUUGGUCCAUCCAUUCAAAGGUCAUCCUACACUGCUGUUGCUGACCCAGAGUCAGGGUCUCAAGGCUCCACAUGGCGUAAUGUGUUUGCUAAAAUGAAGAUGAUGUUGCCGUAUGUCUGGCCAAAAGGCAGCUCUCUCCUCCAGUUUGUGGUUGGUGUCUGUUUGAUUCUUCUAGCCCUGGGCCGAGCGGUUAAUGUUUUUGUUCCUAUCUACAGCAAGCUUAUUGUCAACAGCCUGACCUAUGACCCCCAGCACCCAGAUGGAAAGAUGGAGUAUAGAUGGGAUUAUAUUCUCAUCUUUAUAGCAUUGACCUUCCUCAAGGGCGGUGGUACAGGAACAUCAGGGCUGCUCAAUGACACCAGAAGUUUGUUGUGGAUCAAAGUCCAACAGUUCACCACUAGGGCUAUUCAAAUCAAGCUUUUCUCACAUCUUCAUAGCCUCUCAUUACGCUGGCAUCUGGGCAGGAAAACUGGGGAGGUCUUGAGGGUUGUUGACCGUGGUACCAACAGCAUCAACAGUCUACUCAGUUACCUGGUGUUUCAGAUCCUACCAACAAUUGCCGACAUCAUCAUUGCUAUUGUUUAUUUCAUCACAUUCUUUAACUACCUCUUUGGGAUCAUUGUAUUUCUCAGUAUGGCUCUCUACCUCGCCUCCACCAUUAUUGUGACUGAGUGGAGAACCAAGUACAGGCGCCAGAUGAACCUGAAAGAUAAUGAGGCCAAUGCCAAGGCUGUAGACUCGCUGCUCAACUUUGAAACGGUCAAAUAUUACGAGGCCUCAGACUGGGAGCGAGAUCGUUAUGAAAAGGCUAUAGUAGAGUACCAGACAGCUGAGUGGAAGUCUAACGCCAGUCUGAGCCUGCUCAACUGUGUCCAGAACCUGAUCAACACUGUUGGCCUGGCUGCCGGCUGUCUGCUGUGUGCUUGGGCUGCUGUACAUGGCAUCAAUGACCUUCACCUCACUGUGGGAGACUACGUUCUCUUUGGAACUUACUUGGCCCAACUCUAUGUUCCCCUCAACUGGCUGGGCACAUAUUACAGAAUGAUCCAACAAUCUUUUAUAGACAUGGAGAACAUGUUUGAACUCCUGGCAGAGGAGGCAGAGAUAAAAGAUGUGGCUGGUGCUAAAGACCUUGUUCUGUCAGGAGCUCAGAUCUCUUUUAAUGAUGUGUCUUUCUAUUAUGAACCAAGUAAACCAAUUUUAAAGAAUAUUUCCUUCAAUAUACCUGCCGGCCACACCUAUGCCCUGGUUGGUCACACAGGCUGUGGUAAAAGCACUAUAGUCCGGCUGCUGUUUAGAUUUUAUGACAUCCAAUCAGGCUGUAUUCAAAUUGACGGACAAGAUAUUACAAAGGUCAAGCAGAAAUCUUUGCGCAGAAGUAUUGGUGUGGUGCCUCAAGACACAGUACUUUUCAACAGUGACAUUCAGUACAACAUCCGCUAUGGUCGUGUCAAUGCCACAGAUAGGGAGGUUGAGGAAGCUGCAAGGGCUGCUGAAAUUCAUGAUAGAAUUCUUACAUUCCCUAAACGUUAUGAAACAGUUGUUGGAGAACGUGGCUUAAAGCUGAGUGGGGGAGAGAAACAACGCGUGGCCAUUGCCAGGACUCUGCUCAAAGCUCCAGCCAUCGUCCUUCUAGAUGAGGCCACCUCUGCCCUGGACACAAAAACAGAACGCAGCAUCCAGUCGUCCCUGGCCCGUGUCUGUGAGAACAGGACUACUCUGAUCGUGGCUCAUCGCCUGUCAACAAUCAUCCACGCACAUCAAAUUAUUGUUCUAAAUGAGGGCCAAAUAAUGGAGAUGGGCACGCAUCAGGAGUUGCUGGAGGCCAAAGGUCACUACGCUGAGAUGUGGAGACAGCAGCUGGUCAACCAUGAUGUCAAUCAUGAGGUCAGCAAUAGAGUGGAGGACUAGAUACUGGUGGCUCAUUGACUGGAUGCACUGCCAAACUUGUCAUUACCCACACCAGGGGCUACCAGCUGUGUACACACCAGGGGCUACCAGCUGUGUACACACCACAGCUGUAAUUUGUGUACAUCAGCACUUGAACUGGCUUCUUAGGCUCCCAUCACUUGUAAUCUUGUUUUUUUUUUCUUAGACUAAUAAAUUAUUUACAACUUCUAA